CCCAACUCUUUCCAUCACACUAAAUUAAAGCAUUGAGUUUACCAAUAUGGAUUACUUAGCCACCCUCCCGUUGCUCCUCCUCCUCAGCCUCUUCACGUCCGGCUACGCCGCCACCUUUGAAAUCCGCAACAACUGCCAAUACACCGUCUGGGCGGCAGCGACGCCAGUUGGCGGCGGCAAGCAGCUCGAUCAAGGCCAAAGUUGGACAAUUGACGUGCCCGGUGGCACGAGAAUGGCACGUAUAUGGGGCCGCACAAAUUGCAACUUUGACGCCAGUGGGAGGGGCUCCUGCGAGACCGGCGACUGCGGCGGCGUGUUGCAGUGCACCGCCUGGGGAAAACCGCCCAACACCCUCGCCGAAUUCACACUAACGGGAGACAACAACUUCGACACCAUCGACAUCUCACUCGUCGACGGAUUCAACGUCCCCCUGAACUUUGCCCCCACCAAGCCCGGCGCCGACAAGUGCCAUGCAAUCUCAUGCACGGCUGAUGUCAACGGCCAAUGCCCCGCCGCUCUGAAAGUCCCCGGCGGCUGUAACAACCCUUGCACCACCUUCGGAGGACAACAAUAUUGCUGCACCGAGGGACCAUGUGGACCUAGUGAUUAUUCAAAAUUCUUCAAGGGCUUAUGCCCUGAUGCUUAUAGUUACCCUCAGGAUGAUCCAAGCAGCACUUUCGGUUGUCCGGCUGGAUCUACUGAUUACAGUGUUGUCUUCUGCCCGUGAAGUAGUUAAGUAUAGAUUAGUGGAAGUAUUAAUAAUGAUGUUAAGAAUAAAGGCUUCUGCACAGAUAACUCAGUUUGUACUCAAGUGGUAGAUUGUGUGCAAGAAUAAAUGGUUCGGUGUAGAAUAUAUAAAUAAAGAUUAUAUAUGGGAUUUGAUCGAAAUUUGUGUUCGAUCAAAACCACAAAGUCAUGCAAUUAAUGAAACUUCCACUUUUCUUUAA